AUGUGUUGCAACUACUAUGGUGGCUAUGGCUAUGGCUGUGGCUAUGGUUCUGGUUAUGGCUGUGGCUAUGGCUGUGGCUAUGGAUCUGGCUAUGGCUGUGGCUAUGGCUCCCGCUAUGGCUGUGGCUAUGGUUCUGGCUAUGGCUGUGGCUAUGGUUCUGGCUAUGGCUGUGGCUAUGGUUCUGGCUAUGGCUGUGGCUAUGGCUCCCACUAUGGCUGUGGAUAUGGUUCUGGCUAUGGCUGUGGCUAUGGUUCUGGUUAUGGCUGUGGCUAUGGUUCUGGUUAUGGCUGUGGCUACGGUUCUGGCUAUGGCUGUGGCUAUGGUUGUGGCUACGGUUCCCGCUAUGGCUGUGGAUAUGGUUCUGUCUGCUGUGGCUACCAGCCAUUCUACUACAGAAGAUGCUAUUCUUCUUGCUAG